AUGCGAAGAUACAAGAAUCGUGGCAACAUGCCAAUAAGCUAUAAGGAAGCUAAAACAAUUUGGGAAGCAUUAAUAAAGAAGUUUAGUAUUGAAGAUGCAACCAAGCAAAAAUUGAGUAGAUAUACUCAAAAUCCCAAUCAUGAACAUUGGUAUGCAUUGGUUAAACUAAUGAAAUACUUGAGAGGUACCAUGAACUAUGGUAUUGUGUAUAGUGGAUAUCUUGUUGUACUAGAAGGUUACAAUGAUACCAAUUGGAUCUCUGAUUCAAAUGAGACAAAAUCCACUAGUUGUUAUGUGUUCACACUUGGUGGUGGUGCAGUAGCAUGGAAAUCAGCUAGACAAACAAUCAUUGCUGAAUCAACUAUAGAAGCAGAAUUUGUAAACCUAGUGUUAACAGAGUCUGAGGCUGAUUGGCUAAGAAACUUCUUCGCUAACAUUCCUUUAGCGAAGGAUCUAUUAUCUCAACAAGAUCUCUCAUCCCUUGACAACCCUUUCUCUCAAGAAGAAAUUAGAAGGGCGGUUUUUGACCUAAACGCGGACAAAGCGCCUGGUCCGGAUGGUUUCCCGAUCUUCUUCUUCCAGAAAUAUUGGGAGAUUGUCAAGGAUGACAUUUAUAAGCUUUGUGAUGACUUCUAUUGGGGGAGAGCCAAUUUAGAGAGAAUUAAUUGGGCCAAUAUCGCUCUUAUCCCCAAAAACCAAAGCUCUGAGAAUCCUUCGCAAUUUCGUCCUAUUAGUUUGAUUAACUCCUCCCUCAAAAUCAUUUCUAAGAUCUUAGCAAACAGACUGAGAUCGAAGAUCAACGCGUUGAUCGACGAGACUCAGUCGGCAUUUAUUAAGGGGAGAUGCAUCACUGAUAACAUUGUAGCAGCCAACGAACUCAUCUUUUAUAUGCAAAAGCAUAGGUUACCAGGGCUGAUUCUUAAGGUUGACUUUGCUAAUGCCUUUGAUACGGUGGAUUGGGAAUUCCUCUUGGAGCUCCUGCAUGCUAGUGGUUUUAGUGACAAAUGGAUUAGUUCGAUUAACUCCAUUUUUACCUCCACCAAAGCGAAAUUUCUCAUCAAUGGCAAUCAAAGUGGUUACAUCAGAUAUCGCAGAGGACUAAGACAAGGAGACCCUCUCUCUCCUCUCCUCUUUGCCCUUGUGGUUGAUGUGCUUAGUACUAUGUUCAACAAUGCUCUGAAUUCUGGUAUUCUCUAUGGGGUGGCCCUGGGUGGCACCGGAAUCAGGAUGUGUCACCUGCAAUAUGCUGACGAUCUCCUCAUUCUAACUAAUGGGGGUGUUGAAGAUCUGCGUAUCAUCAAACUCAUACUCUACUUGUUUGAGUGUAUUUCGGGACUCAAGGUUAAUUCUGAUAAAACCUGCCUUUAUGCCGCUAUGCGGAAUCAGAUUCCUCAUAUUGCUCAGGGUAUCGACAGGAUCCGCAGAGAUUUCCUUUGGUCAGGACCAGAUAAUCAGCAGGGCAAGAUCAGACUGUGGUGGUGGAAGAUUGCUUCUGAUACCCGUUGGUGUGGUAAGGCUAUUCUAAGUGAAAUUUACUACCGGAACUCUCCAAUGUGGAACCUUUACCAUAAGCAUUGCAGAAGACGAUCUUUCUUCUGGAAUGGCAUCAUGUACUCCCUCCCCACUUUUAGGAAGAAUUUAAUCUCCAUCAGUCGGAAUGGGGCCUCCACGCUCUUUUGGUUGGACAAUUGGGUGGAAGGGCGAGCUCCUGCGGAGCUCUGGCCUCAUGUUUACCAGUCUGCCUUGCAUCAGGAUGUCACGAUCCGGGACUUCCUAAGUAACACUUCAAUGUCUCUUUUGAGUGAUUCCCCAAAGUGGCGCAAUCUUAUCAAUUUUGCCAUGGCGCUCACCUCGGAGGAGAAUGAUGAAAAGCGUUGGUCCCUCACGGCAAAUGGUUGUUUCUCAGUCAAAUUAUUCUACAAUUUCUUGAAUGACGGUGGUCUGAGGUGUGCCACGACACCUGUCAUAUUGAAAAGCAUUUGCCCAAAAAAAAUUAAUCUUUUUAACUGGCUCGCCUGGGAUAACAAGAUUUUGACUCUGGACAACUUAGCUUUGCGUAGAUGCAACCUCCUUCACUCAACUACUUGUGUGUUGUGUAAUGCGGCUAUUGAAACGACUGAUCAUCUCCUUCUUCAUUGCUCCUUCGCCUCGCAUAUCUGGAAUUACUUUGGGCAGCUUUUUGGGAUUUUCCUUUCCCCUGGAUCCCUAGUGGACCUUUGGAGAAGCUGGAGAAGCAUUCUUUCCAAAAAUUUAUUCCCAUUUUGGGAUUUGCUUGUGAGAGCUAUAAAUUGGAAUAUCUGGCUAGAAAGAAAUGCUCGUAUCUUUAAUUCCAAUUGUCUUUCGACUGUUGCAAUUAUUUUCAAGAUUAAUUGCAUGAUAAUUUCUUGGUACGAUGCAGCCCCAGAAGCUAAAAAGGCGAAACUUGAGGAUCCCGUGUCAAAGAUCAAGAGAAGUCUGGAGUUCCUGAGUUCUGCAGACGUUGUGCAGGUUGAAUCGACGUCGAGACCUACUUCCCCAGGCGAGACGUAG